UCAAAGGUCUCUUUUUGCGCAUCGCUUGGUUAAAAGUAACCCGAUCUGCUCCUGAUGCUGGCUUGAAUCGGCGCUUCACCGAUUGAUUUACUCGGCCUGAGUGGAUUGAUUUAGUCGGCCUCCCCCCACCCUCGUGCCCUGGGGGCUUGUGGGCUGUGGGAAGGCUGCUAGAGCUGCGGGUUGCGGGUGUAGGUGAGAGCAGGUGUGGGCUCUCUGACGGCGGUGGCGCAGGAGCGCCGGGGAUGGACAGCCGGCGAGAGCGCAUCCUUUGCAGCUCUUCUGAAUAGAUGUCUUUCCCGAUUGACCUCUCCGUAGCAAUGUGGACGCUUGGAUUUGGAGCCAUCGGGGCUGCCGUGACGGGGAUGAUCCUGGCCAAUACGGAUUUGUUCCUCUCCAAAGCGGAAAUGGCCUCCAUGGAGUUCCUAGAAGAAAUAGAUCUGAAGACCUUGGGCCAAGCUCAAGGAGAACAGAGUACAUUCAAAGCCAAGGAUCUGUGGAAGACGAAGGGUGCUGUGAUCAUGGCGGUGAGGAGGCCUGGAUGAUUUUUGUGCAGAGAGGAGGCCGCUGAGCUGUCCUCUCUGAAGCCCCAACUCGACCAGGUAGGGGUCCCUCUUUAUGCUGUGGUGAAAGAGAACAUUGGGACGGAGGUGGCCGACUUCCAGCCGUACUUCAAGGGAGAGAUAUUUCUGGAUGAAAAGGUAGGUCGGAUUUUUUUUUGAAAUGAAU